AUAUUCUCAGAGUCGGCUUUAUCCAGAUGAGGAAAAAGCUUCUUCGGAUGUGGAAGACAUGGAGAAAAUUCAGCUGUUCUUCGAAAAAAUGGUGCCACUAGACGAAGAGGACCAAGAUGUAGGCAUAUUUGCUGGGAGACCAAAACUUGUCGGGACAUGUGGCAUCUUUGAUGGGAGAAUAGGCAAGGGAGAUUCAGAAUUAAGGACAAGAGUAGCUUGCCUUAUCGACGAUCGGAGAUGA